AUAAAAUCUGUGUACUCGUGGUCAGUAGAUUUAUUUGGAAUAACACAUACAACGUCGACAGUGUUUAAUGGUGGUCUAUGUGAAAUAUAUACCAUAGAAAGGACAGGUUUUUGUAGAAGCCGAACAUCUACGAGCCAGUGGGUUGUGGAAUGGCGUCGUCGCUCUUGCAUCGGAUUAUCCUAUUCUUACUUGUAUCAACUUUUUUAAAAGUGAGAACAGAAAGUUCUGAGAGCUCACCUAAUCUACAUAUAGUAGGAAACAUACAAUUAACAGAACUUGCUGACCAGGGAGACGACGCUCUUAUCGAGAUCGACGAGAAUGAAGUAAAGAGGGGAUUCGGGAAUAAGCGAGAAGACGUUGUCUUUGCUGAUGACGUUAAACGAGGAUUCGGGAAUAAGAGGGAUGGAUUUCAGACAAUAUUAGAUGAUGAAAAACGCGGAUUUGGAAACAAGCGAGCCGAGCCUGAAAAGAUAUACGGAAAUACAAUAUUUGGAGUUGCAUCACUGAAAGACUUGGAAGAAGAUGAAGGCAGGAAACGCGGUUUUGGGAAUAAACGUGACUUUGAAAAUAGUAAAGUUAGCGACAGUGAUUCGGAAAGUGUUGAUACAAUUGCUGAUAUUUCUGAGUUGAAAUACGGGUUGGAGAAUAAAAGAGGCUUCGGUAACAAGAGAGGAAGCUCAAGUAUGGAACUUAUCGAUGACAAAAGAGGUUUCGGCAACAAAAGAGUUGACACACUUACGGAGCUGCAAGCCGAUGACGAUGACAAACGGGGUUUCGGAAAUAAACGGGGCUUCGGAAAUAAACGAGUUGACACAUUUGAAGAGUUUCAAGUCGAUGACGAUGACAAACGGGGUUUCGGAAAUAAAAGGGGCUUUGGAAAUAAACGGGGCUUCGGAAAUAAACGAGUUGACACAUUUGAAGAGUUUCAAGUCGAUGACGAUGACAAACGGGGUUUCGGAAAUAAACGGGGCUUUGGAAAUAAACGGGGCUUCGGAAAUAAACGGGGAUUUGGGAAUAAAAGAGGCUUCGGGAAUAAACGAACUGAGACUGCCGGGUACGAGCCAGAUUCGCCUUUGAAAGGAUUUAUUGACAAGUGGCGCAAAAUGGAAGAAGAAGCAGUGAGUGACAGGCUAUCUGAAAAAAAAAACAGCUAGAUAACAUCAGCUACAGUGUUACUAAAGAGUAUGAAAUAUAAUUGGUGAACUACUAUGACCAUCUACGACAUCUACGACAAGUUUCAUGAAGAACUACGCAGGUUAUGCCUUGUUAAAGAAUUCAUAUUUAGAAUAUUGUAUAUUUAUGUAUGUGUAUAAGUCUUCAACAAUUCCCCGCGAACAUUCAGCGAAAAAAAAUGAAAAAAAAAUGACUAUUUAAGACAGAGCUUGUAGAAAAUUCGUUUUCAAUAGUUACUGUUUAUAAACAUAAAAUAUUAAACUACUUAUAAAAUAUGGAACGGCUUUUCUGAAAGCACUGUAACAUAUAUGUUACCAGCGAUAAAAAUCAGUCGGAAAAAGUAUUGUCUGUAUAAAGAACGAAUAAAAUUACGCAAAUGUAUUUGUAUAAUAUAGCAAUGA